AGUUCUAUUAACGCGUACCAAAAAUACGCAAGUUUAAAGAAGCCAUUAAAAAGUGAAGUUACCGUUUGUUUGUGAUGAGUCAUGCCAAAGUCUACUCAAGCUCAUAUACAUGUAGUUACAAAACCAGGAGAAGAACUUGAAUUUUAUGUUAAGGAUAGUCUAAAAGGAAAUGAGUUAUUUGAUUUGGUUUGCAGAGUUAUUGGUUUACGUGAAAGUUAUUAUUUUGGUUUGUACUAUGAAAAACCUAAUAAAACACAAUGUUGGCUUCGAAUGGACAAAAAGUUGCGCAAUGAGCUUGGAGGUGAAAUAAAUACUGUGAAACUAUAUUUGAGAGUCGAAUUUUAUCCUGAAGAUGUUGAACAAGGACUUAUUUUAAAUAUUACGCAGCAAUUAUUUUUCAUACAUGUUAAAAAUGAAAUUCUGAAUGAAAAUAUCUAUUGUCCUGCUGGAGAAGCAGUACUUAUGGCAGCUUUUGCUGUUCAAGCAAAGUAUGGAGAUUUUGAUGAAGAGCUACGUCAUAAAGAUUUUCUGUUAGAUGAACAGCUACUUCCUAAAAGAGUAAAAAAUAUGUACCAGUUAACUGAUGAACAAUGGGUUGAACGAAUUAAAAGCUUGUAUGCUGAUCAUCCUACAGGUCUUUCGAGGGCAGAAGCAGAGAUGGAAUACUUGAAGAUUGCUCAAGAUCUUGAAAUGUAUGGCACAGGAUAUUAUUUAAUUCAGAAUGACAAGCAAACAGAGUUAUGGUUAGGAAUACAAGCGACUGGCAUAAAUAUUUAUUCUUAUGAAAAUAAACUUGUGCCUAAGGUUUCCUUUAUUUGGAGUGAAAUAAAAAAUAUUAGUUUCAAAAAUACUCAGAUAUUGAUUGAGCCAAUGGGAAAAGAUGUUCAAAGUUUUUGCUUUAUUUCUAAUGAUGUUAGUAUGAAUAGAGAGAUUCUGUUGUUGUGUAGUGGUAACCAUGAGUUGUAUUUGAAACGCAGAAAACCAGAUAGUUUAGAGUUGCAGGUUAUGAAGUUGCAGGCUAACGAACUCAAAGGAGAAAGACAGAGGGAAAAAAAGCGAUACAUGAAAGAAAAACAGCGUAGUAUUGAAUUGGAAAAAAGAUUUAAAGAAUUCCAGACGACGUUGGAAAAGUACCAGACACACUUGAAAAAAGCUGAAGAAACAUCUGAUUUGUUAGCUGAGAAAGCAUUGAUAUCUGAAGAAGAGGCAAGACUGUUGUUGAAAAAAGCCAGUGAUCUUGAGACAGAGGUAAAAAGGCUUCGUGCAGCUCUUAAUCAGAAAGAUGAAGAAAGGUUUUUCUUAGAAACUCAUAUACAAUCUGCUGGUCUUACUAUUCAGCAAAUUCUUCAAGAAUCAGAAAUAAGGAGUAGAGAAGCUAGAUUAUUAAAACAAGAGCUGGAUCAGUCCCGAAAUUUGGAAUGGUUAGCGUCAGAACGCUUACUUCAGUUAACCGCAAAUCAGCGUUUGGCAUCACAAAUGAACACACAACCCAUAAGUAAUUUUUAUGAUGAUGAAGCUAAUGACAAAAUUAAGUAUUUGCAAAGAGAAAGAAUUGAAUAUCUUGAGAAAAGCCAUCAUUUGCAACAACAGCUGACUGAACUGAAAACUCAAAUAGAAGGUCUAAAAAUAACUGGUAGUCAAGAUAUGCUGGAUCGUAUUCAUCUUGAAAAUGUUGUUAAAGGAGAAACAAAAUAUUCAACUUUGCAAAAGUUACACGCGGCUUCAACUAACAGUCGAGUGCAAGUUUAUCAAGGGUUGUAACCAUGAACAAGAGUGAAGAACGAACGUCAAUUGCGAAAUAAUAGAAAAAUUAUAAACACGGUUUUAUAUUAUUUUAAAAAGUUUUUAUUAUAAUGUGUUGCAGUAACACUUUUUGCAACUUUUUAAUCUAAUUUUUACAAUUUAAUUUUUUUACAUAGUACUUUAUUUUUG